CCUCAAUGGAUGGUUGAAGCCCAAGCCUACCUAGAAGGUGUAAGCGACGCGCAAUGGUGGAAGGACUUACUGGAGCUCUGGAAGAGGUUUGAGCAUGUGAUGUUGACGUCGGGGAAUCAACGCUUGCCGACCAAGAACCGCCCUGACGAGGUGAAGCAAUGGAUCAAGGGUGGGCGACAGUACGGCCGUCCUCCCGAGAUCAAGAACAUCACCCUUUUCGCUACUGCAGCGAAACGCUGGUGGUGCCGUCUUCAACCCGACUUCCGUUGUGCCGAAGAUUUCACCUGGCCUCUUCCUCGCACUGUCGACUCAGACUCGGACUGGGAGGAUCUGCUCCUUGGCGGCAGCAAUGGGCUCUUCAUAGCCAUCAUGUGCCUUUCGUGGUGG